AUGGCAUUUUGCAAAACUAUGCUUCUCCUUUUAGCAACAGCAUGCUGCUUCAUGGUAACAGUUAGUGCGAGUUGGCCAGAAAUGUCGAUGCAGCCUGAAUUUGACAGCGAAGGCUUGAAGAACUGCUGGAAGGCAGUGGAGGCAGUAAAAUCGUCAUGCUACCGAGAGAUUGUUAAGUUCAUUGUAGGUGGCAAACUUCAGUUUGGACCUAACUGUUGUGCUACUAUUGACAGUGUGAGAAAUCAAUGCUUCUUUAUGGUGUUCUCUACGUUGGGGUUACCAUCCAGCGUUGGCAUCACACUGAAAGCCUAUUGCGAUCCAUCCUCCGAUCCUGCUACAGCUCCAUCACCUGCUAAGUUGCCUGCUAAUGAAAUUUGGGUCUAG